ACCCGUACACACAUUCUACAAUGAUUAUUUACACUGACGUUAUCUCUGGUGAUGAACUUUUGUCUGACGCCUACAACUUGAUCGAAGUUGAUGGUGCCAUCUACGAAGCUGACUGUCAAAACAUUAACGUCGGUGUUGGUGAAGUCGACAUUGGUGGUAAUGCCUCUGCCGAAGAAGCUGGUGAGGACUUGGAAGAUGGUACUGAGACCGUUAACAACGUUGUCUACUCGUUCAGAUUGACCCCAACCCAAUUCGACAAGAAGUCUUUCUUGGUCUACAUUAAGGGCUACAUGAAGAAGGUCAAGGCUUACUUGGCUGAACACGACCCAGAAGCCAUCUCCGCUUUCGAAAAGGGUGCCACCACCUACGUCAAGAAGGUUGUCUCUUCCUUCGGUGACUGGGACUUCUUCACUGGUGAAUCUAUGGACCCGGAUGCCAUGGUUGUCAUGUUGAACUACCGUGAAGACGGUACCACCCCAUACGUUGCCAUUUGGAAGCACGGUGUGAAGGCUGAGAAGAUCUAAGCUGUCCUGCUUUUAGUUCUUCUUUCUUGUCCACAGGCCAACUUUAAUACAUACCGUUUCAAUUCGUUAGGAUAUCACUGGUGUAGAUCCCUCGCAUUCAAUUGCAAUAGAAUGCAUACUAACCUCGAUCACACCUCAUUUACCUUGUAUUUAUAAUUGCACUCUUGUCACGUAAUUACAGCUAGACUGUUAAUUCACCUGUGAGAAAACGUGCGCGAAGGCCAGCAACGUGAUAAUUAAUGAGCGUUGAGAAGAUUGAGGGGUUUGGUUCUAGCAUAAAUAACGAUGUUACAAUUCAAUUUUCAAGAAUAAUAAUCGCUUAUAUCAUUGGAUAUAUUCCAACUCCCACUCUCGAUGCCUAAAAUCAUUUGUACACAUUCAUGUUAUUUUUUUUCAAUUUCACAUCUAUAUACAAAUACGACACAAUAUGGAUAUCAU